AUGACAACUAUACCAGACCUUCUUCUUGAAAACAUUUUUGUACGCUGUGACGCUAAAACUAUUGCAAACUCGAGGCUUGUAUCCAAAACAUGGCGUUCGAUACUUACUCAUAAACGCUUUAUCAGCAAACACGCCAAGAACUCCUCCGCUAAACGGGUCCUGUUUUCCGAUGGCGAAGAUUGUACGACAUACACGGUGAGCGAUUCAUUGAGACACCAAGAGCAAGAAAUGCGUAUAUGGACAUUUCAGUGGCCCCAAUAUAUCGUGGGAACUUGCAAUGGUCUGCUUUUAGGAUUGAAUGAGGAUCAAAGCUGCUUCAUUCUGACGAACGUUGUGACCGAAGAGUCGUGGAGGCAUCCCCUUCGUCUUUUCCAAAGAAUUUUUUGGCCUAAGGAGCGUUCUUGUUUUAUUGGGACUUACGGUUUCGGGUGCAACCUCAGCUCCGGGGAUCUUAAGGCGUUGUGUAUUGGUCAUCGGGGAACCAAUUUCAAUGAUUUGGAGUCCGAUUUCAGGAACGAUAUGAUGGUCGCCGUCUACAAUUUAACCAAGAACACCCGACGUUUGAUCCCAAAACCCUAUUUGGAUAUGAAGAUUGAAGGGAUGUGUGGAGUUCUAGUAAAUGAGAAAUUUAUUCAUUGGAUCGCAUCCACCCAACCUGGGUUUAUUUCAUUCAACCUUGAAGAUGAAACUUUCAGUGAGAUAGCUUUCCCAAAAGCACUUGAGAUCACCUAUGACCUGAGGUUGCUCAGGUUGGUUGCACUUGGUGACAAGCUUGGUCUCUUCUUCGUUCGUGUGCCUCUGGAAAACAAUUUAUGGCUUUUAGAAGACUACAAUGAUCCUAAUUCAUGGAAAAGAUUUACAUUUGAGGAGAUAAAUUUAAACGACACAGAACCAAUUGAGGAAACCACCAAUGGGGAGCUAAUUUUUGGAAACCAGGAAAUAAUGAAAUGUUAUAACAUUGAAGAAAACAGAACAACGGCAACAGUAAUUUUAGGGGAGGAGUUGGACUCUUUUUAUGUGAAAGGCACCGUGGUUGAAACCCUUGGAACAAUCUCGUUUGUGCAAAAGACAUUAAUGCCCUCAUCGUCUUUAUCAUUAUCGAAGAUUUUAACAAAGGGUAGAUUUCCACUUGGAUCAAAAAUGUUGUUUGGAUCAUAA